AUGAUUGUUGACGAAACAAAUCGUUUUCGCAGAAGUUCUGCACACAUAGGCCAGAGUCAUGCAGCUCCAUGGAUCGAUGCAACAACUAACGAAAUGUAUACAUUUUUAGCUACAGUUAUGUUGAUGCCACAUUUGAAAAAAAACCGUAUUCGUGAUUAUUGGUCAACAGAUCAUCUCAUCGCAACACCUAUAUUUGCUGAACUUUUCACCAGAGAUCGAUUUAGAGCUUUACUUAGUAACCUUCAUUUUCGUGAUAACCAAUACCAAACACCUGAAGAUAGUCUAUAUAAAAUCCGACCAAUUAUUGAUGAAUUAAAAAAAGCUUUGUGGAAGGGUCGUUUACAUUUCAAACAGUAUAUACCAUCAAAACGUAAUAAAUUUGGAAUUAAACUGUUUGUACUUUGUGACUGCAAAACAGGUUUUAUACUUGAUUUCAUAGUUUAUUGUGGUUCUAAAACAGAACUCAAUUAUCAGAAAGACCUUGGUGUAACUGGAUCUAUAGUUACGACUUUACUAGAACGCUUCUUGAAUAAAGGUCAUUCAUUAUUUGUCGACAAUUAUUAUUCCAGCCCCGCUUUAUUUGAAUAUCUUCAUCAAUAUAAAACAGGAGCGUGUGGAACUGUCAAAAAGAACCGAGCUGGUUUACCGACCUUUGAAGAAGUAGAGGGACCUGGCGGGCAAGUUUUUUAUCAUACUGACAAUUUACUUGCAUUUCAAUGGAAAGACAAACAUGAUGUCACAAUGUUAUCCACACUGCAUGAACCAAUUAUGGUUCCAACAGGAAAAGUUCACUUUGUAACGAAGCAGGAGAAACUAAAACCUCUUUGUGUUAAAGAAUAUAACGAGAACAGAGGUUUGGUUGAUAAAUAUGACAUGCAAAUAAGCUUUUCAGAGUGCAUCCGUCGGUCAGAAAAAUGGUACAAAAAGUUCUUCUUUCAUUUGGUGGAUCUUACAAUUUAUAAUGCAUAUGUUUUAUAUAAACUAAAAAAAAAUGUCAAUCUUCGUUUAGCUGAGUAUCAACUUGCACUAAUUCGAGAGAUUAUCGGAAAAUAUGGUAGUCAGGUGCGAACUUCAAUUGGUCGACCACCUUCUGAAAAUCCACUUCGACUUACAGCAAGACAUUUUCCUUCGCGCAUUGCAUCAACAAUUACUCAAGCAACACGNAAUAGAUACCCUUUCUAG